GUCUGCUCAUUUUCACAUCUUCAUAGUGAUACAUAGCGCAAUACCUUCAUCGAGCCAUCCCUACAACCGCCAGAGGACUACCGCAAUCUGUUAACAAUAGGAGCAGUUGUUGGCACGCAUCAGCUUAAACCCACAGCCAUGUCUUCUCAACAACGUAACAUAGUCAUUCUAGGCGCCUCUGUCUCCGGCCUUCAAGUCGCACAUUACUUUCUCCAACACACACUCCCAGCGCUGAAGAAAAAGGGUACCGGGGUGAACUACCAUGUCUACCUUAUCAAUCCCUCCUCCGACUACUACUUCCGUGUCGCAUCACCUCGAACAAGUGCCUCAGAUGAUCUUUUACCAGCACAUAAGAUCAUAUUAGAUCUUGUCAAACCGUUCGAGAAGUACUCGAAAUCCGACUUCACGUUCAUCCAAGGGAGUGCUACUGGACUCGACACUUCACUUCGCACAGUCAAAUACUCCAGGAGCAAGUACCUCGAGGAAGAAACUUUGGAGUAUCAUGCACUAGUUGUUACAACUGGAAGCAAGACCCAUGCCUCAGUUUAUUCCAUGCACACCGACACCCCGUCUCUUCUCAACGACCUCAAGUCCAUGAACAAUCAAGUCAAGACAGCAAAAGAUAUUGUCCUCUCAGGAGGUGGAUCAACAAGCAUUGAAGCAGCGGGUGAACUAGGCGAACUUCUCAAUGGCUCUCCUGGCUGGUUCAGUACCCCUACACGCAAAGUCAACAUCAGACUCCUUACAUCAUCUGACCGACUACUUCCUACAAUUCGAUCAGACAUUGGCAAAAUAGCAGAGCAAAAGCUUAAGGCCCUCGGCGUGGAAGUAGUAUACAAAACCGCAGUCACCUCAGCAGAGCCUUCCAAAGACGGCCGCACCCAAAUCACUCUCUCCAACGGCCAAAAGCAAGAGGUCGACUUGUACAUCCCGGCUCAUGGCGUGACGCCCAAUUCCUCAUGGCUCCCCAAGUCCCUCCUCGACGAUCGCGGUUAUCUGAAAACGAACUCUCAAACUACCCGCGUUGAUGCAGCCGGCCCGCGUGUCUAUUCCAUUGGCGACAUAGCAUCGUUCUCCCGCAACAACAUUCUCGACAUUCAGGAGGCCCUCCCCGUUCUCAUGAUAAAUUUCACCCGCGAUCUCUUGUCCUACGAUCCAGCUUCGCCGAACCAGAAACCUAAGGGUAGCGACAGAGUUUUUAAGCCCAUUGAGAAAGACACGACGAUCAUCCCUAUUGGCUCUGGUGGCGGUGUCGGUGCCGUGUUCGGGUGGAAACUGCCUAGCUGGGCUGUCUGGCUGAUCAAGUCGAGAGAUUUCAUGGUUGGAAUGUCGGCAGCUCCUCUGGUGAGUGGCGACAGGGUGAAAAAGGAAUUCAAAUGGCUUCCUGUUGAGGUCGUUUAAACGAUAUUCGGGCAACAAUUGCUCCUUUCCCUAUACUCCCCAACUGUUACUAAUCCUUGUGUAGCGUUCUAUUCCACUUGUAGCCUUGAUAUAGA